UUUGACGCCCUUUCUUCGCGUUGCUUUGCGCUUCCGUCCGCGAUGGAAGCUCCGGCGCGGAUCGCCAAAGGAGAGUUUUCGUGGGAGGACGUGCAGUCUGCGGUGGAUGGCGGCUGGGAGAAGCCAGCGAUCUCGGCCUUGCUGGAGGCUUUAGGUGCCGGCCACGAGCGAGCUGCUGAGUUGCUCUUCGCGUGGGGCGUCUCCCCGGAUGUAGGGAAGGUGGAGUCAGACUUGGGCGAAGCGAGCGAAUCGAAGCCCUGCGUCCUGAUCUUCGGCUGGGGCGGAUCCAGCUGCUCUCAGCUGCAAGCCGUGAAGAAGUUCUGGCAGGGCCGGAACUUCGCGACGCUUUGCACCACCUUCUGCAGCAAGAACGUGGAACGCCAGGUGGCGGAAAUCAAGCAUGCCAUUCGCGGAGACGUGUUGGUGCACGUGUUCUCCAACAACGGGAUGUAUUUGCUGCAGCACCUUCUCCGCACAAUGCCCCAGGAAGAACGGACUUGGCGCCUGAGAGGCGUGAUCAUCGACUCAGCGCCGGAUGCGAACCUCAGCCCGAUGCUCAUGAGGCAGGUGGUCAAUGGCUGCAUCCGCGCGCUUUGCAUGGUCUAUGGGGUCUUCCUCGAGAAGAAGCCCGAGGCCGCGCUUACGGAGCUGAACAUCAUCAGCCCGCUGCGGGUUGGGGACUGCAUCGGGCCUUUGCCCGCGAUAGGGUCGCCGGUGGUCACUGACGCCAGUGGCGCGGCGCGGGGCGUGCUGAUCGGCGCAGCGGACGGCGGCGAGAUCGUCGUCUUGCUGGAGCGGCGGUUGCAAAGCAAAGACUUGGAGCAGCUGAAGAAGUUUCAGGUCUCUAAGGUGGAGAUCGAUGAGCUUUCAGAUUUUCUGGCAAAGGAGGAUUGCCCACUCCAUUUUCUCUACUCUUCCAGCGACACCCUCAUCAAGGCACCAGCCGUGGAGGCGUAUAUGCGGACAUGCACUCGCGAAGGACAAGCAACCUGCAAGCGCUUUGCGGGGUCGCAGCAUGUGCGCCAUUUUCAGAAGCACUUUGAGCAGUAUGCGGCCGAAGUGUCCACUUUUUCUGAGCGCUGCCUGAGCGGUUCCUGAUGCGAGCAUC